AUGGCGGCGCAAGAGGGGGCCGGAAGUGCAUACGACCGCGGCGUUCCCCCGGCCCAGGCUAUGGAGCGGGUGCUGCCUAUUUUGUUGGUGCCAGUUCCCCCCGAGGCCAGAGCAAGGCUCGGGCCCUGCGCCCAGUUGCACCGGGAGCAAGAGGUGCUGGGCAGCCUCACGGUCGCGGGCAGCCUCCAGCUGCUGUCUCUGGCACCCGGCAGCCGCAACGGGAAAGGCUGCAGCCUUGCGGGCCCCUUCCGGCACUUUGUGUGGGAGAAUUCCUACCCCAGUGACUCACCAACAGACAAGCCUAAACUUCUGACCCUCAGUGAUAGUAAUGAACUGUGUAUCCAUGAGUUCAAGAUGAUGGAUGGAAAAUGUGACAUAGCCACAUUAUGUAGCUGCAGUGGGGAUACAUUAAAAAAGCUAAUUGAAGACCAAAAUAUUAGAAUUUCUUCCUUAUCGAGUCUGAGAAUUCUGUCAUUUGAAAAAACCUCAUCAUUACUGCUCAUCAACCAAUGUAUUAUUUUACAUAUCGAAUUUCCUGGAAGAGAUGCUGAAAUCAAAAUCCUGAGCUGCUUCACUUUGGCCUUACCUCCACAGGCUUUGGAAAGGAUAACUGACUCACAGCUUUGCAGAGGGUUUCUUUUUGUUUUGGAUAGUUCUGGCUGGGUCUACAUUUUUAAUGCUGGAGAUGGCACGUAUCUUGCCCAUGUGAAUCUAAUCCUUCACCAAGCCAAUGUAUGUGAUGAGCAGCAGCAGCCAGCCCACAUGUCUUCAUUUUCCACUCUGAAAGUGUCCCAACAGCUAGAUGUGGUUGUGAUUACCAGCUACUCCAGCUCUGUGAUUGCUGUUGACUUAAAUGUCUAUUUCAGGCAACAUCCAGAACAUGUACUGUGUGAGAGAAAGCUAGAAAAUCUUCCCAUCAAAGGACCUGAAGGAGUGGAUGAAGAUGACCCUGCCAACUCUGCCUACAACAUGAAACUGACAAGGUUUUCAUUCCAGAUUGAUAGAUCCUGGAAAACUCAGCUGUCAGAAUUGUACAACAGAACAAAGAAGCCUAAGUUAGAAGUUGUGAGCUGUGUACCUUGGUUCCAGGGUCUUCUUCAUUUUGACCCCUCUGAAUCAAGUAACCACCCUGCACAGGAACAGAUUUGGACUUUCAUUCCACAAGACCUAACUCGUUUCCAGUACUGCCACCAGGGGAAAGAUCAUGUUAGGUCAGAUGAUUUAAAGAAGUUGUGGAAGGUAAUGUCCAUUGGAGAACAAGAGGGAAUGGCAGAGCUCAAGUGUGUGUCUGUGACAGGAUUCACUGUGCUUUUUACGUGGUUAGUAGAAAGUAUGGGUUGGACAAUUAUUCUGUGGGACUUGGAGACACAGAAUGUGCACCGUGUUUUUCUUGGCAAAAAAUGCAUUCCUGUGGACUGCAGUGGAAACCAGCAGUUGUGCCUUGUUCUGACAGAAAAUGGACUUUCUUUGAUUUUGUUUGGUUUGACUCAAGAAGAAUUCUUGACUAUACUAAUGAUCCAUGGAAGUGCCAGCACUGUUGAUUCCCUUUGUCAUCUCAAUGCUUGGGGGAGGUGCUCAAUACCUAUACAUGCGUUAGAGGCUGGGUUAGAGAACCAUCAGUUGGAUACAGUAGACUUCUUUUUGAAGAGCAAGGAGAAUCUUUUCAAUCCCUCUUCCACCUCUUCUGUACCCACACAGACUGCCAAGCUUCCAUCCCAUUUAUAUUUGAAAAAUGUUAAGGAACUGAUACCAGCAUUGGAUUUACUUUGUUCAGCUAUCCGAGAAAAUAAUUCUGAAACUCAGAGCAGACACUUUUCAGAGCAACUGCUGAACCUUACAUUAUCUUUCCUCAACAAACAAAUCAGGGACGUCUUUGCUCACACUGAAGAAUUAGAUGAACACAUGCAGAAUGGUGUGGAUAUUUUGACUACCUAUAUUAUUGAACUUCGAACAUUCAUGAUAAAAUUUCCUCGGAAACCAGCUGAUGCCAUAAAUGCAUAUAUUGGUGAGGAUGUGCCCAGAAUAAAUGAGAGUGAAAUGUGGGGAAAGCUCAGCCCUGAGCAAGUCAUCAACAAUGCCAUUUUAAACAACAAAAUACCAGAGGCUCAGACCUUCUUCAGGUUUACCAACCAUGCUGCUCAAAACCUUGAAGAACUGAUUCGAAUAGGAUUAGAACUAGUCUUUGACAGGCUACUAAAGAACAAUAUCAAAGAAGCUUCAGAACUCUUAAAGAACAUGGGCUUCAACGUAAAGGACCAGUUGCACAAAAUAUGUUUGUAUACAGCUGAGAAAAACAUACGGGACUUUUUGGUUGGCAUUUUGAAAGAAGAAAAUUAUUUUUCUGAAGAAGAAAAGAGAACUAUAGACUAUGUAUAUCAGGUUGAAAAAUUGUAUGCAGGACCCUUCAAAGAAAACCCAGAGACCCAGGCCCUCCGGAGCUGGAGAAAGGAAGACGAUUUUUCCAAGCACAGAUCUGUUUUAGACUUCUUAAAAUUCAGUGAAAAAGAUGAAAUUUAUCAGCAAGAUCGUAGAAUUGUUCUAAACUGGGCUCAGUGGUGGGAUUGUCCAACACGAGAAAGCAUCCUUCUACCUAGGACAUCUACAGAAGAACUCAAGGCCUGUUCUCCUCAAGUUCUCUGGAUGUAUAUAACAGCUCGUCAUGACUGGUUAAGCAUUUUCUCAUGGAUUGAAGAAUUGUAUACCCAGAAGGGUUGUGUUUCACCUCUACAGGCUAAAUGGCCCCAUCUGACAGUAGAUAUUAUUGAUCAGAAUACAUGCAGCAAUGAUUUUCUUAGAAAUGAAAUACUGGAUACACUGGCCAGAAAUGGAAUUUUCCUAACAUCUGAACUAGAAGACUUUGAACUCUUGCUCAUAAGACUAAGCCGUAUUGGAGGUGUGAUGCAGGAUCCACUUCCUGUUCAAGACUAUACUUCCCAGAAGGGUUUGGAUUUCCAUUCUUGCUUUAUUCUAUAUUGCUUAGAGCAUGGUCUGCAGCAUCUGCUCUACGUCUACCUUGAUUAUUACCACCUUACUCCUUUGAAUUGUCCCCUUUUGGAGAAAGAAGAAUUGCACGAAACUUACCCUUGGUUUGAAUUUUUGAUUCGGUGUCGACAGAUUUCCAGUAAUCUAGCAGAUCCCAAACUGAUUUUUCAGGCAAGUCUUGCUAAUGCUCAGAUACUGAUUCCCAGUAACCAAGCCAGUGUGAGCAGUAUGCUGUUGGAAGGACAUACCCUCUUGGCCCUUGCCACAACAGUAUACGCUUCUGGGGGCCUUAGCCAGGUCAUUCAGAAAGAAGAAGGGGAAACCUCUUUGAGGAAGGUGGAUCCCCAGCUCCUAAAAAUGGCCUUAACUCCUUACCCCAAGCUCAGAGCUGCUCUCUUUCCACAGUACCCGGUCCCUAAUAUCCUGCCCCAUGAUAUUACACUCUACCACCUUAUUCAGUCCUUGUCUCCCUUUGAUCCCACCAGGCUGUUUGGCUGGCAGGCCACCAAUACUCUUACCAUUGCAGAUACUUCAAGUGAUCUCCCUCAUUUCUCUAGUCCUGACCUGGUAAACAAAUAUGCUGUAAUAGAACGUCUGAAUUUUGCUUAUUAUUUACGUCAUGGACGACCAUCAUUUGCAUUUGGUACUUUUCUUGUUCAGGAAUUAUCCAAGAGCAAGUCUCCAAAGCAACUUAUCCAGCAAGCAGGAAAUGAAGCCUACAUGUUGGCACUAUCCUUCUUUCAUAUGCCUUCAGUGGGGGCUGCUUGUGUUUGUUUCUUGGAAUUGCUUGGUAUUGACAGCCUCAAGCUUAGAGUUGAUAUGAAAGUGGCCAACAUCAUUUUGAGCUAUAAGUGUAGAAAUGAAGAGACUCAGUACAACUACAUCAGAGAAUCCUUAGCUGAAAAACUAGUUAAACUGGCUAAUGGUAAAAAAGCAGCAACUGAAGAAUUGCUUAGUCUCUUAGAAGAAGGCAUAUGGGAUAGUAUUCAACAACAAGGAAUAUCAAGGACGUCCAGUGAGUCAGGCCACCAGUGGUCACUGGUGGUGCAGUUCUGUAGGCUUCAUAAUGUGAAGCUGAGCAUGGCUUAUCUUAGAGAGUGUGCUAAAACCAAUGACUGGCUACAGUUCAUUGUUCACAGCCAGCUCCACAGCUACCCCCUGGAGGAAGUCAAGUCCUCCCUCUGUUACUUCAGCUCAGUCCUACAGGACCAUUUGCAACUGGCCUUUGAAAAUUUGCCUUCAUUUCCAAAUUCCAAAGCACAUGAUAGGCAGGCUCAUGACAGAUCCCUCCAGGGCACUCAGAGUUGCCAAGAGGAGGCCUCCACUGAUUUAUUUCAGAUUCUGCUUCAAUGUCCUAAUGAACCAGAUCCCUGGCGUUACCUUCUGGUUAAAGCCAUGAGACUACGGGCCCCCAUUCUGAGCAUCUUGGCUUCUUGUUUCCAGGAUGCCAGCAUUGUUCCUUGUCUGAGUGUGUGGAUCAUCACUUCUGUGGAGGAUUGUGUUGCUGCUGAAGCAACAAGUCACAUUCAGGGCUCAAUAGAAGACCAUGAAUGGGAUCUAGAGGACCUUUCACUCAUCUGGAGGAUGUUGGUAACAAGAAGAAAAAGCAGAACUCUUACUAGAAGCUUCCAACUUUUUCUGAAGGAUUCUGCUUUGCUGUUGAUGAUGGAGGUGUAUGAAUUGUGUAUACUCUGCAAGAAUUACAAGGACGCCCAAGCCAAACUGCUAGAACUCCAGAAGAAUCUCGAAAUUAUUGAAACAGCAGAUAAUCCAUCCCCUCUUGUCAUUCCUGUGCCAUGGCUGAAAUGUCAAGUCACCCUUCUUUGGAAGCUUAUGUUGCAGCAGUGCAAGACCCAAUAUGAACUACGAAAACUCUUACAGCUGUUUUCUGAAAUAGACCAUCUUUCUGACGGUCCAGAUGUGAAGAAGCUGUGUAUGCUCAGCCAGAUUUUGAAGGACACAUCCAUAGCGAUUAGUCAUUCUAUCAUAACCAAUUACAGCACUGAGAACUUUCAACAGGAAUGCAGAUCCAUUUUGGAAAAGCUGCAGACAGAAGGGCAGUUUGCCCUGGCAAGGAAGAUAGCAGGAUUGGCUGAAUUACCUGUGGACAACUUGGUUAUUGAAGAGAUAAUUCAGGAGAUGAAGACCCUAAAACAUAUUGGUCAGUGGUACCUGAAACAAGCAAGAAUUGAAUUCUGGAAAAAAUGUCAUGAGAAUUUUAAGAAGAACACCAUUUUGAAAAGAAUAGCAUCUGACUUUUUUUUAACCCAGGCCAUUGUGACAUCCGAAUCCUCAGCUGAUGCAAAAUGGUGCAACAUUAUGGAAAGACAUUUGCUACUUACCCUGGCAGGCCAUUGGCUUGCCCAGGAGGACCCUGUGCCCUUAGGAAAGCUAGAAGAGCUAGAGAAGCAGAUAUGGCUUUGUCGUAUUACUCACCACAUCCACUGUAGUGACCAAGAGGUGGUUGAAUCAAGACUUUCUCGACAGAUUUCUACCAGUGGUGAACUUUCCUUUGAUAGUUUAUCCACUGACUUUUCUUUCUCCAAAUUAGCUGCCCUGAAUACCUCAAAGUACUUAGAGAUUAAUGGCUUUCCCUCUAGAGAGGUCUCUGAGAGUAGACUGGAUAAGAAUGAGGCAGAGUCAUUAAACUUUCUGAUUGGGCGUCUGUUAGAUGAUGGCUCUGUGCAUGAAGCAAGCAGAGUUUGCCACUAUUUUCAUUUCUAUAAUCAAGAUGUUUUCUUGGUGUUACACUGUAGAGCACUGGCCUCAGGAGAAGCUAGUGUAGGUGAUUUGCACCCAGAGAUCCAGGCUAUCCUUCAAAAUGCUGAGCUGUUGGAGGAGAAUGAGGAGAACGAGGAGGAGCGAGCAAGACCUUCAAUUAGAAGGUUUCAGAGCACCUCCAGUCUGGAUAGUCAGUCCUUUGUUAUUGUGCCACGUGGUGAUGAAGUCACAGCCCAUCUGGAGACCUUGAUAAGCAGAUGUCUUCAUGGGAAGAACUACUGCCAGCAAGUGCUCUGUCUUUAUGAACUUGCCAAGGAGCUGGGCUGCACUUAUGGGGAAAUCUCCGCUCAGAACAGUGAUGCUGUGCUCCGAGCUAUCCUGUCCUCCCAGCAGCCUCACCGCUGUAAGCGAGCCCAGGCUUUCAUUACUACCCAAGGCCUGAAGGCAGACAAGGUGGCCGACCUUGUGGCUGAAGAGGUGAUGCAGGAGCUGCUGGCCUCCAAAGCAGGAAAAGGUCAAAAGCUAGCAGCCAGUCCAGCAGAAGAAGGCCUAAUGUUCCUCCAGUUGACUGCUCUGUGCCAGGAUCAAACACUGGUUGGCAUGAAGCUGCUAGAUAAGAUUUCCUCAGUUCCCCCUGGGGAACUGUCCUGUACCACAGAGCUCCUGAUCCUGGCCCAUCGAUGUUUCACUCUGACAUGUCACAUGGAGGGCAUCAUCCGGGUGUUGCAGGCUGCACGGCUGCUCACCGAUAACCAUUUAGCCCCCAACGAUGAGUAUGGACUGGUGGUACGCCUCCUGACGGGCAUCGGCAGGUACAAUGAGAUGACCUACAUAUUUGAUUUGCUACACAGAAAACACUACUUUGAAGUGUUGAUGAGGAAGAAGCUGGACCCGAGCGGGACCCUAAAGACGGCGCUGCUGGACUACAUCAAGCGCUGCCGCCCUGGAGACAGUGAGAAGCACAACAUGAUUGCUCUGUGCUUCAGCAUGUGCCGGGAGAUUGGGGAGAACCAUGAGGCAGCUGCCCGCACCCAGCUCAAGCUCAUCGAAUCUCAGCCCUGGGAGGAAUGCAUCCAGGAUGGGCCCCGGCUGAAACAGCUGCUGCUAAAAGCCCUGACACUGUUGUUGGAUGCGGCCGAGAGUUAUGCUAAAGAUUCCUGCGUGCGCCAGGCUCUGCACUGUCACCGACUUACCAAGCUGAUAACACUACAAAUCCACUUUCUGAAUUCUGGCCAGAACACAAUGCUCAUCAAUCUUAGCGGGCAGAAUCUGACAGACUGCAUCAUGGCCCUGCCUCGGUUCUAUCAGGCCUCUAUCGUCACUGAGGCCUACGACUUUGUCCCAGAUUGGGCUGAAAUUCUGUAUCAACAAGUGAUUCUCAAAGGUGACUUCAAUUAUCUGGAAGAAUUUAAGCAACAAAGGUUACUAAAAACCAAUAUAUUUGAAGAGAUUUCCAAGAAAUUUAAGCAGUGCCAGCCAACUGAGACAGUCACAAAAAACAUGAAAAAGUUACUGUCGUACUGCGAAGAUGUCUACCUGCAUUAUAAGCUGGCAUAUGAUCACAAGUUUUAUGAUGUCGUAAAUAAGCUUCUCAAGGAGCCCCAGACCGGAUGCUGUCUGAAUGACAUGUUGGCAAAUUAGAAUAAAGCUGAGGAAAAAGGACUUUCUGCCAGCAUGUCUUGUGAUGUCCUGUAGUGGAGAAACGGUUACUUUUACACAAAUGACUUAGCUAGAACCAGCUUGGUAUGUUAACACACAUUAUCAUUUGAGGACAUUCAUUACAAGAUCACCCAAGACAGACACUUCUAAUAAUGAAGUUUUUAUUUAAAAGUAAACUGUUCAAGUUGGGUAGGUAUGCAUCUUUCUGUCAGCAUCUAGAAGAAACUACUUCCAAGAGCCAGAGAAUGUUUUAUAAAGUAGAAGUGGAUUUGAUUCCUUCUAGGACCCACACAUGGCCCAAGUCAAAGAGAGAGUGCAAUACUGAUUAAGAAUCUGUGUCUGCUGUUCAAAAGGUUUCCAUGCCUGUGAAUAAAUUUUAUACAGCUGAAAACCA